CAAACGAGUUUUGUCCCUUUAUGACAAUCGGCGCCGGAUUUGUAAAUUUAAUUCAACAGUGAUAGACUCUAUAUAAAGGCUUGAAUGUUAAAAUGUUAAAAGCAAUUGAGAACCAGAACACCACCCUUAUAAAGGAUGUAGAUAUGUUAGACAAGCAGUUGAAGUUGUUGUUGGAGACUGCAUCAGUGCGUUGUAUACCAGGUGGAGAGGGAAGACCAGCUGAUCAUGUGGAUGUUGAUGUGCUGAGAGGCAAAUGUCAGGACAUGGAGGCACAGAUCACCACACUCAACAUGGACUCCAUACUCUUGCUGCCCAAUGAUCACGAUGUCCGCUACCACGUUCUGAAGAGAGACUUGGAAACACGAAUCAGGCAGUACAGGGAAUGCCUUGAAUUUCUGGAGUAUCAGGACAAAUAUUUGGAUCAACAAUAUGAAAGGCAAGUGUUGUAA